AACUUUGACACAAUAGUGUUGAAGGAAUGCACAUAUAUAAAGCCUGAGAAGCUAGCAAAACAGAGAUAUCAUAUUCGUCUUCAUAACCAACCAUGAAACAUUCUGUGAUUUACCUUACUAUGUGUCUUGCCUCUUCCAUUAUCAUGGUGAUGGCCACGGUACAAAGGGCAAGGUUCUUGUUGGGCACCAACGAUUACUACGUUCGAGUGAUCAACGGUUUCACUGACAAUUCCUCUGUGCCGUUGGUGAUUUGGUGUUCUUCCGAAGAGAUGGAUCUCGGAGGACGUGCCCUUCAGGAACACGAUGAUUUUAGCUGGGUGAUGAGGCCAAAUUUUUGGAGCAGCAAUCGCAUGAAGUGUACUAUGAAAUGGGACAGUACGAGGAAGAGUUUUGAGGCGUUUAAGGCUUCACGAGACACUGAACGAUGUGGGAUUCAUAGGAUGUGCUCCUGGAUGGUCACUCAGGAUGGCUUCUAUUUCAGCAAUGAUGAGGUUAAUUGGAGGAAGGACUUUUUGUGGUGAAUGUGUGAGAACUGUGAUGCCAAGGUUUUCCCCUUCAUCUUGGAUUCACAUCACAACCCUGCUUCAAUAUGGGGAUGCUGUUAGCCAAUAUCAGCACAGAGGAGUUUUGUAUAAUUAUAUAUAAAUUAAAUAAAUAAAAAAUGUGUGUGCAGUUUUUGUAAUGGUAGAAAAGGUGACGAGUUUUGUUUUGUUUUAUCGUAACAUAGGAUGUA